AUGUAUUUCAUUAUUAUUGUCGCCGCAGUGGCCAUAGGAUCCCUAUUUUACUUCCUCGGUUGUUGCAUCUAUAACCUAUUCUUUCACCCUCUAAAAUCCUACCCAGGACCAAAACUAUGGGCGGCUUGUAGAAUUCCCAUGACAUAUUGGAAAUUAAAAGGUGUUCUUCCAUAUAAGAUUAAAGAACUUCAUGAUCAAUAUGGUGAUGCGGUUAGAGUUGCUCCAAACUUUCUAGACUACAAUUCCUCUGUCGCCUGGGAAGACAUUUAUGGUUUUGUGAAGGAUCAUCACAGAAAGAACUUCCCAAAGGAUCUGAAGGAACGGGGUGUUCAGAAGAAUCAAGGUAGUAAUAUAAUAAUCGCAAAUGAAGAAGAUCAUCGAAGAUUUCGUCGCCUUCAAUCACACGUUUUCUCCGACAAAGCCCUCACAUCUCAAGAGCCUCUUAUUCAAGAUUAUGCUCGACAAUUCAUCUCUGGACUUAUCAAAUUUUCUUCUCUCACUUCAGAUAAUGAUAUUAACAUCGGUCAAUGGUAUAAUUAUACCACCUUCGAUUUGAUCGGUGAUCUCGCAUUUGGAGAACCUUUUGGUUGUGUCAAGACUGGAGAAACACAUCAUUGGAUUGACUUAAUCUUCAAGAUCCUGGAAAUAGGUACCGUGAUCAAUGAGGCAAGAAAAUAUCCAAUUCUUGGGGCUAUUGCGUUCUUUUUUAUUCCAAGAGGUAUGAAAGGUAGAUUUGAACGUCAUAGACAACUUGGAAGGGAAAAAGCAAACCGACGCCUGGAUACACCGAGGGAUAAACCUGAUUUCACGAGCUAUAUUCUCAAGCACAAUGAUACGGAAAAAGGAAUGACCCGUGAGGAAAUUGGAGAAAAUGCAAGCAUAUUGAUUAUCGCCGGUAGUGAAACGACUGCAUCUCUUCUCAAUGGCGUAACAUAUUAUCUCCUUCGAACCCCUACCGUUCUUCAAAACCUCACUCUCGAACUAAGAAGUACCUUCCAAACCCAAGAAGAUCUCAGUCUCCAUGCUCUCGCUUCCUGUAAAUACCUCAACGCCGUCCUCGAAGAAGGACUCCGUAUGUAUCCUCCCGUCCCAUCUACUCUUGGCCGUGUAGUUCCCGAAGGUGGAAGUAUAGUCGCUGGUCAAUACGUUCCUGCCGGAGUAUCCGUCGGUGUCAAUUUCAUAAGCUCCCAACUUUCUGCGGAAAAUUUCCAUCUUCCGUAUGAAUUCCAUCCUGAGAGAUGGCUCGGUACCGCGGAUGUCGAAGAAUUGAAAUCCGCGUUCCCGGAUAUGAAACUUACUGAUCCGAAAAUCUUUGAGGGCGAUGAUAGGAAAGCUCGUCAACCGUUUAGUGUGGGACCCGCUAAUUGUAUUGGGAAGAAUUUGGCGUAUGCUGAAAUGAGGGUUUUGUUAGGGAAUGUGGUGUGGGGAUUUGAUUUGGAGGGGGCGAGGGAUAGUGAGAGUUGGUUGGAGAGGAAUAGGAUUUAUGCGUUGUGGAAAAAACCGGAGUUGUGGGUUAAGUUGAAGAGAGUUAAUGUUUAG